AUGAGAUUAACCCCUACUUCAAACGACUACUCUGGCCUGCUGUGCUUUUGCAAUACAACAAAUUGUAAUACCGGUACUCCGUCAGUGACAACAAACAUGUGGCACACUGGCAAUGUAACAAUGAAUAAACAAGUGAUGCCACUUGCCGAGCCACGAUUCAACAGUUGCUAUAUGGACACUGACAACGAUGGGAUUUUGGAUCGUUGGGCAAUGGCGGCCGGAGCACCAGGUGUUCAAAUGAGUGAAGAAUUCUAUCGAGUUAUCGAGGGAAAUGCUGAAUAUUCACCCUUUUAUCUUGGUUUAAUCACUAGCUAUCAGUACUCGACUUCUCUCGUCUCAAUCUACUACACUUGCAAUCAAACAAUCACUCGACAGGGUUGUUUCUCACAGGAUUACUCAAAAGCUUUAGGGAAAGUUGAGAUAGGCAUAAUGCAAUUCACAGCAUUCCACGUGUUUUGUGAUGAACAUUUAUGCAACAAGGAUCUUGAAACAGCACAGAAAUCGGCUAUGAAUCACCAAUCGGAUUGGAGUGAAGCGAACAGUGAAAGUGGCUCGAGAACGACUCUUGUGUCAACAAAAACUUCAACAAAAUAUUUCCCAUCAGCCACCAAAUGCUAUUAUGAUCCAAACGCUUUCCGAGUGAUAACUGACGACGAAAAGCAUCGAGAUGGUACAUCAAUGUGCAAUAAAAAGCCUCCUUCCCUAACUCUUUCGAACGAUUCGCUAAAAAUCUCUCUUGGAAAUGUGACCUUUCCAUCAACUCGAAUGCCAAUGGUCAACUGUAGCUCAUAUCGGACAAACUACAUUUAUAAUGGAAAAGAAUCGGAGCUGAAAUUCUGGUCGAAUAUCUCGAAAAUCGUCACCGACACAGCAUGCGCAUUAUGGGCUGAUUUAGAGAACAAUUGCAAUAAUUAUACAUCAUUGGAAAAGUUAUCCACAAAUCAAACAAUCAAAUGCUAUCUAGGCUAUUGGCAUGUCACAGCAGAAACUGACACUUGUAUGGGCCAUUUCUGCUUUUAUGUAGAAUAUCAGGAAACAGUUGGCCCAAAUUCGGAUUAUGGACGUGGUUGUGUAUCGCAAGACUACUCAAAAGCUUCUGGACGUAUUGAGGUCUGCUGUACGGGUGUUUCUUUGUUCGAAAAU